CCAUGAUCAGUUCACAAAGAUUAUAUUUUCUUAUAUUUUUAUCAAUACAAAAUUAUAACGUUGAAUGUUUACCAAGAAUUGAUCCUUUAGUAGAUACAAAUGUGGGGCACAUUCGAGGACUGAAAGCCGAUGAUGGUGAUUAUGCGAUGUUCUUAGGAAUACCAUAUGCGCAAGUGGAUCAGGAUAAUCCGUUUGGAGAAUCAACACCUCAAAACAAGUUUGAAGAAAUAUUUGAAGCAAAUGAUGACUCUUCAAUCUGCCCCCAAAGGAAUCAAAUAACUGGCAAUAUUGUAGGAAACCCUAACUGCUUGCACCUGAAUGUCUACGUUCCUGCAUCAGCUUCGUCAUCCAACAGGCUACCUGUAAUGGUUUGGAUUUAUGGAGGUGCCUUCCACGCGGGGUCUAAAGGAAAAGGCCGAUAUGGAUCAGCUCACUUAGUUCAACAUGACGUCAUCAUAGUGACCGUGAAUUAUCGCGUUGGUGCUUACGGGUUCAUGUGUCUCGAUAUACCUGAAGUUCCUGGUAAUCAAGGACUGAAAGACCAAUUAUUAGCUCUCCGAUGGGUAAAAGAUAAUAUAGACGCGUUUGGAGGUGAUUCCGAUAAGAUAACUUUGUUCGGUGAAAGCGCUGGAGGACAUUCCAUUGAUCUGCAUUUGUUGUCACCAAAGGAAUUACUUUACAACAAAGUGAUUUUACAAAGUGGAAGUGCUUACGCUGCAACAGUUUUAUAUGAACCUGAUAGAUUGGUUGCUAUUAAAAUUGCAGAACGCUUAGGUUUUACAACAGAUGAUACUAAUGAAGCGAUUUCAUUUCUGGCUAAAAGUGAUCCAAGCCUAGUAGUCGCUGCUGGUAUUGCUUUAAACAUUAUGUUUAAACCUUGCACAGAGAAAAUAUUUGACGGAGUAGAACCCUUCAUAUCCAAUUCCUGGCUUACUGCCGAAACACCAAAAGCAGAAAACAUGCCAAUAUUAAUCGGUUUCAACAAACAUGAAUUGUAUAGUGGCUACCUAUUUAAAAAUGAAGAGUUCUUCGAACAUUUGAACGUUCUAAACAAUAGCUUAGACCGAAUAUUUGAUUUUGGAAAUGAUGAGCAAGAAAUGAAAGAAUCAGUUUCACAUUUCUACUUUGGAGAUGAGUCGUUUAGUGAUGAUGUGAAAUUUAGUAUUGGAAAUUUCGAUUCUGAUUUCGUUUACAUACAUCCUAUUCAGAGAACUAUACAGAAGUAUUUGAAGGCUAAAUCGGGGAAUAUCUACUACUAUAUGUUUAGUUUUGUAGGGGGAAGGAAUGUUGUGAAACUGAGCGAUGAGGAUAAUGAUAGUAAUGACGGUCCGUGCUGUGCCUUGCAUGCCGAUGACUUGGCCUACUUAUUUGAGAUGGAUAACAAACCAGCACCCACGGCCGAAGACGAAGUUAUCAUUAAUCGAAUGACAACAAUGUGGACUAAUUUUGCAAAAUACAGUGACCCCACACCACAGAUCACAGAAUUACUUCCAGUGAAAUGGGAACCACUCUCAGAGGAAGCCUAUACUUAUAUGGAAAUUGGUUCAGAACUAUCUUUGGGUAGUAGACCAGCGCAUGACAGGAUGGCGUUCUGGAAUCUAUUUUACAAACUUAAUGAAAACAAGCAGAGAUUGUUAUGAAGAAUGGAAUGAGCUGCUGAAUACAUUAUUAAUUUCGAGUUUUACCUUCAUAGGUGUGUGUGUAUGUGAGUCAAGUAAAGUAAAUCUAUGUCGGUAGAUUGAUCUGCUGGCCUGUACAUAAAUAGUCUAACCUGUGAAAGGACAUACAUACUAUUUCAUUCGGGUGCGGUCAGUAGUUACCUUGGGAUGGAGGUGGAACCAGGGGGUACAGCCAGUUAAUAAAAUUGAUAACAGUAGAUCCUGUUUCAAUGAAUGAAUAUAAAUAUGUACUUGUUUGACUAAAUAUGAUCGAUACAUAUUUGAUUACAAAUAACUUCUCUUCUAUCGCAGCAUUAAUUUAGAUUGGAAUCACAAGAAGUUUUAUCAGUAAUAUGUACUGAAUUGCAUAAAAAUAUGGUCACCUGAAAAGAUAAACUUAAUUGGUACCUAGAGUUAAUUAUCUGAUAAUGUAUUACAAUAACAAAUAAAUUAAUGAGCGUGUAAAAAUAAACAUUAUUAUAUCUUGAUUUUGAAUCUACAGAUUAGAUUUUUUUAUCCUGUUUGUUCCGGUUUUUGUGAAAGGUAGUUUAAAUUAGAAUUUAAUUCCUCGUUUUAAUGUUAUCUUUUUUAUAUUAAGAUUUUGAUCUGUUUUGUAUUUCAAUAAAAUAUAAGAAAACAAAUGUAGCUAUGUUCAAUAAAACUUGUUUUAUAUAUUAAAAAA